AGAAAGGCGCCCCGAGUCCCUCCUCACGCAUAUCAGACGAACAGCUGCUAUCUUGUCACCAUCUCCAUCUACCCGGCUUUCGACAUCUUCUCAUCUCAUUCCAUUUGCCUUCUGGGUUGUCUCCUUUCUAUAUAGAUUUCUUCUUUCUUUUCUGCCAAGGUUUCAGUCCCUGGUGUUUGCAUUUCGGUGAGCAAAGGAGAUCGCAGCUGCAUCAAACGCCGUCCUUAUCGACUCGCCACCCACGGACGCGACAACUACUCAUCUUAGCACCUUCCAACCGUCCAACAUGCCUAUCGUUCCCAUAAUGAUUCCGGCAGCAUCUGAGCCUCCCCAGGCCAGCAGCCCGCCCUCGAUGGGGGAUCUUCCCACCGCGAUGGGAGAUGUCUCAUUGCAGCGGACGUCGCCUCCUCGACCCGUCAUGGGCACAUCGAUACGCAUCUCUGUUCCUCUCGACUCGACUCCAACAAAGUCGAUCCGCGGGGUCCAGAACUCUCUUUCUGCAGAUCGCAAGAUCAUGCGCCGCGACAGCAUGGACCGACGCGAGGCUCUGCUCAAAGGCAAGGAAGGUUCACGUCAGCGACGACGAUGGGAGAAUGAUCGUCUGUUGUCCAAUCCCUGGGCACAACCACCGCUACCUAGCGACUGGGAAGUGCGUCCGACGUAUCCGCAACGCACGGUGCCCUACUAUCUAGCACCAUUGUGGGACGCGGCCGAAUUCCAACGGGCAGUGGAAUCGAACCUCAAAGGCCGCAAGAACAGCACACGCAACCGCGGCAAGCGGACCGGAGUUCACAAGGGGAUGAAUCCAAUGGAAGAGGCAGCGGCCAACAUUCCCAAGGAAGUGCGGGCUCGACUGAAGCGAGCCAAAGCUGCCAAAGGUCUGCUGCAGGAUCUGGAAGAAGACGUGCGGUCUUUUGUGCAAAGAUGGAAUGCCCGCGAGACUCGACUGCGUGAGCAAGGCUUGCAGGACAUCCCAUUGGCCAGUGACAGCGAAGAGGACGACGAGAUUGUCUUCAUCGGUCGAAACGGUGCCAUGCACGACUCUCCAGGACGUAAGCAGAGGGAGGGGUUGGACGGCGGAUGGGAUCAAGACGGUACCAUCAGCAAAGAGAAGAUGAUCUUUGAUGGCCUGGACAAUGACAAAGGAGCCGCGUUUGCCCGCUGGCUCGUCCACUGUGUGGGCAGCUACUACGGCCUGAGGACGUGGAGUGUGACUCGCGAGGUUCAAGGCGCGGAGAAACGGAGAGAAGCGUACGUCGGAGUCGACACACGCGCACGAGGUUUCAUGGGCCGCGCUGUCGAAGUUGGCCGCGAAGUCGAGCUUCCGCGUCCUCUCUGGGGAAUGGUCUAGGCAGCGACCAUUCUUACCCGGCUUCUAUCCACGGCUUCUUUAGUUCUUCUUCUCCUUGUCUUGCUCCAUUCCCCCUUUACCCUAUAGAAUCACUGCAUCUCUGCAGAGUUUCGCAUCAGGCUACCAGAGACCCGGCACAGCAUAGCAUCGGUCCAUCACUUGUCGACCGUGUCACACAACCCCGGAUUUUGCACAGUCUGAUAAUCGUACAACAUCGAAACUACUCCGUGCCAUGUCGUGUUUGCUUUCCUGGUACUACUGUAUCCCUCGAUAAAACCUAAACAUGUACUUGGCAAUGUGAC